AUGACCACUGUCAGCAUCCAGCAUCACAUAACAAGCGAGCUGAGACAUGUUACCUUUGCCGAUCAAGUGAAUACAGAGAGUGAUGCCAUCACUUUGUCAUCCGAAUGUUCUCGAUAUAUCGUAAAUACGUUCCUAUUUUGCCAACAGUUCCAAGAAAAUCGUUAUGGGAAUAAAGAGCUGGUGAAUUUAUCACCUCUUGAGAUCGCUGUAAGUCAUAAAAAUGAUGACUUUAUUUUCACAUCUCAAAACUUUUAUUUGUAGUACCGUUUUAGCUCCUCUCCAAAAAGUUUUUCCAAACCACCUGUGGGAUUGUCCGCAGUCAGCGAGCCCGGAAUUACCUCAAGUUAUUCUUCACUCGACCUCCAACAACAACUCCUAUCAAGAAACCACCCCUUUCUUAUCUUCACCAUGAAGAUUUGAUCGGAUGGGGUUCGGGAAAUGGGCGAUUCUACAAGAUCUCCUCCAGCCCCAACUCUUCUUUGGUCCUUUUGUGGUAUAUCCGCCCAAAACCUCAGGAAAUCCACAUUCACAUCGACUUCGAGCACGAUAUCUCCGAGAAAAUGCAUCAAAUGGUACUGUCGAUUAUUGCGGGUGCUAAGCGAGUAAAUUGUUCAACAGAGAUUGGAAGGGCGCAUCUCUUACAGUAUGAUAUGAUCAGGGUUUUACAGCCCUGUUUGAGGGAGAUUGUGGGCGGAGUUGAUGUGAUGGCAGGGGUACCCCCGUUGGACCUGGAAGAAUUGUGUGUCAAGGGGCCAGGCAGAAUGGGUAAGUCACUGUUCGGGGAUGUUGGAAAAUAUAAAAAUUAUAUUAUUUUAGAGUAUGGUACGUAUAUGGAGAAUCAUUGUAUCAAACGACUCAUUUUGAAAGACGCUUAUAUUGGGUGUAAUCGGAAUACGAAGGUGAAUAAUAAGUCCAAAUUCUUCACCAACCUCAGAAAUCUGAAGGUCUUUGGAGCCACGUAUAUUCACCAUGGAAUGAUCAAGGUCUGGGCGGAUUAUGGCCUCAAUUUGGACAAAUUUUUGGUGUCUUUGGAUGCGGAAAUGGUGAUAAAUUCUUACAAAAAUUUAACAUUUAUUUCUUUAAGCGUGAAGACCAAUUGCCCGAGGCGAUGUCGAUUUGGUUCGAUUUGUUGACCGAAUACCCCAAUUUCUCUCAGAAAUCCCAUAUCAGCGCCGACUUAAUCACAUAUCAGAGGAAUCGUACCAGCUUGAAUAGUUUUUGUUAUCAGCGAUUUCCGAGGUUUUUGGUGGAGAACUUUGGGCAUCCCGAUGAGCUGGAUUGCAUCGAAUUUAUGGCCGAUUUUGAUGGAGUCCUCCAAAGAUGUUUUACAGUCAGAUUUGAGAACAGCUGGAUCUCGGUAGCCACUAAAAUACGGGUUAUUUCUAUGUGA